AUGAGUUCUGUCAUACAAAAGAUAAAGAGAAAAAAAAGCAACGCUCGUGAUUUUCAGAUCACAGCAUCUGUGAACCUGCUGAACAUUGAAUGUCAGCCAGAUAAAUGGUAAGCGACAAAAAAAUUAAAAAGGAAGUGAUAAAAAAUAAUACCGCAGAUGCCUGCCAGGAGAUGCCUUCCUAACGUGGGAUGGUUUACAGAUUUCAAAUAAUAUUAUACUUGUUGUCUUCAUAUAUUUUUCGUAAUCGUUGCCUGUAAAAGAAAAGUAGGUCAGUUAAAAGCGAUAGUUUCUUAAAUUUACCAGUUAUUACAUGCAUACGUACUGUGAUGAGCAAGGAAAAUUUCCCAAAACAAUCUCGAGCAAGAGAUCAUAAUAUGAUAUCUUGUCCCGAAUUAUUACUUUCAGAAGCCAUUACCGACAUCACUGGGAUCUUAAAUUCAAGUCAUUACUACGCUUAAUGCCGCUAACCACCUUGCCAACCACCCCUGUAUCUUACAUCCCAUAUGGGACACCAGGGAGGGGUCUGAGGGUUUUAAGUUUGUCACUUGUUCCCACGAAACGUUUUUAAGAAAAUGGCGGCCAAGAUUUGCAUAACAGUUAGAAAUUCUAUUCCAAACCAUGGAUAAUUAGAAAGACUGGAUAGGAAACUUAUGUCACGUGGGCUGAUUUCUUAUCGCCGAUUGGUUGGUUCGUGCUCCAAGAUGGCGUUGGAUGGUUCCAUCAUAGUGGAGAUUUGUGACGAAACGAUGGCGAAAAUGUGGCGCAAACCAGUCGAAAUGUAGGGUUUCUUUGCCUGCAUGUUGUUCUUUUUCGGAUUUUUUAGUGGUACUUUAAUUUUUGGUGGGUGUUUUUUCCUUCGCUUGUUGUCUUACGGCGAUGGCGAUCCUUCAAAGCCACACUUGAACCUUCAAAGUAAGCACUUCUUGUUGUUGUUUUGUGUUAUUUGUCCUUGUCUUUGAGAAAAUUGCGUCCCAAAAAUUGACCUUACCAGAGACAUAUUUAGUACACUUGGCGACUGUUUUGGGACGCCUUUGUUAUGAAGGUUUCUUCUUGUUUCUAUUCUUAACUAGGAUUGACAGAUGUUUUAAUAAUGGAAUUGUGGCAUAGGCAUAGUUACAGACUAAAUGCUGUUAUUUUUCAGCCAUAAAUUUCAUUUGAAAAUGGCUGAAACUAACUACGCUCGGAGCUGGCUCCGAGCAAGGGUACGCACACGGUGUGUGAAGUUCCAAUCGACCGACAAGUUUGGGUUGAAAACUGUUUCGCUCAAGUAAUAUCCUAGAUUAACCCUGCUAUAUUGUUCGUAAAGCAGUAUGUUAAUUUCGCUCAUCUUUUAAUGUUGAAAUAAAACUGCUAUAUUACAUGUCCAGUGAAUACAAUCGCUUCACAUCGCUCCUCGCAGCUUGUAUUCGAAGGCACUGAAGAGACUCCAAUAAAUUUUGUACUUUUCCCUUACAUAAACUAUAAAUAAUUGUUGCAUCAAUGGGAAAACACCUACUGACUUUUUUGUCCUCCGUUUAGGCUCCUAAGUGUUAUUGUUAUUUUUUAAACAGUGUUUUAGAUUUCCUUUUGUUUUUCAUUCUUGUAGGACUUGUCAAACACACAUAGUCAACGAAGACAGUAAAAUUGUGGUCAAGUACUCUUCUGAGAGGGCACAAAUCAAUCAAUCUUUCUGUAUUAAACAUCAACAAAGUUGCUUUAGUCAUGCAUGAGAGCCAGAAGGUGGCUUCUAAAGCAUUUAUGAUAAGAAACUUUAUUUAUCACUUCUGAAGUGUAUUUAUUACUUCUUUGUGAGUGGGACAAAUUAACUGUGUUUGAGGGUCAAUGCCUGUAUUAGCUACAGAGUCAUGUGUUUAAGUUGGUUAAUCUUCUUCCCUGAAACGGUCUAUAUCUGAAUCACAUCGUUUUUCAGACCAAAGAUGGACUUGAUUAGCACUAUUAUUGUAUUCGGUUUUUUAGAGAUCCAAAGCAACAAUGUACCUGUAGAUGAUAAACCUUACCAAGGUAUAUUCUAAAUCAGAUUAAUAAAACAUAUACCUGUACUUGUUUGGGGGGUGCAUUUUGUUUUCAACAACAUGAUAAUGUGACCAGACAGUCAUAUUUUUUCAAUCCCUCAUCCACUUACCUCAGACUAAACAAAAACCCCAUAACCCCUGAUGGAUGUUACUGUUUUUUUUUCAUACAUAGAUAAGCAGCUUCUAUUUUUCUUUGGGAACAGUGUUUAUGUUUAUUUCAGAGGUCAUUUACAGUAUUCCUUAUCCAUAUCAUUAACACUACACAAAAACUUAAACGUCAGUAUUUCAAAGAUAAUACAUUUCUAGGUUUUAUUAAGCCUCAUGGAAGACAAGUGUUUCCUAAUGAAAAAGAAGUGAAGGUUCUACUAUUAACCAGGAGAGUUUGCUUCCCUGUUGUAUUCUGGUAGUUAACAAUUAACCGUUUUACAUAACAUUUUUAAAAGCGUUGCAGUUCGCUUUUUCAAAGACCUGACUGAAAAGUACCUUGGGUCACUGUACAUUUAUACCUGAAAAAAACAAAACAACUUGCUUCACAAUGAAAAUUGAUUUGAAAAAGUUUAGAAACGGCGUUUCCACGUUGGUCCGCAAGCGAAUUUCCUUUCUCUGCUGUGAGCUUUUCCCCGCUUUUUUAUAUUUCUCAAAUACGACUUCUUGUCACUGGUUGUCCGUAAAUAAAAUUGAAGGGAAAAUUAAACGCUUGGUUGAGCUGGGUACUUUUACCGCUAAUAAAAUCAUUUUGUCAAGGGUUGUUAACUUAUAAAAUUUGACACUCGCUGAGCUUGUCGAUAAAAGCAGAAAAGAAAUCAUGAAAACCCUGAUGAAAAGGGUUAAAAUUUUUUCCCGUUUUCUUGUGGUUUGAAGAAAAUUAGGCUGUGCCUUUUUUAUAGGUGUUUUGUAGCUGUAUACAUGUAAGUUUUCGCACACUUUUUAUGUAGUUAGGCUUCCCGUUUGGUGCAUAAAAUUACCGGGCGCUGGAGUCAUUCGUCGCUCUCACAAGUUUCAUAAUCAUUGACUCUGUCUUUUGCCUCUACCGGUUCUGUACUCAAAUCUUCUCCAAGAGCAAGUCCUCUUCAUCCUUUACUUCAAAACAUGGCCAAUAUGUAUAGUCGAAGACAGAGAUAGUGAAAUAUGCGAGGAAACAUAAGACGCGCAAAACGUCGAAUGGGGUUGAAUGGUUCUCAAUAAUGUGACGUCACAUUUUUCCACUAUGUUGGAAACGAUCGCGUCAGCCAGUUUCCUAUCCAGUCUUUCUAUUAUCCAUGUCCAAACUUACAAGUACUGGAAGUUAAAUUUUUCCGUCGACAAGUCUAGCUGAGUGAUUUUUUGGUAAUUGUUUUGUGUUCCUUCUGGCUGCCGGAUUAAACGAAAUAUGCAAGGUCAAAAUUUGUUAUUGCCACUGUUUUUGAAUCUCAGCUUAACUUCUCUGCUUUUCUUCGCUUUUUUGUUUUCCUAGGCAUCCUAACAAGCUCGUCAUUUUGUGGGGCAAAGAAAAUAACAGUUGCCAAACGAAGGUAUGUACUUAUUUUACUCUUUGAAUUUUUGAAUUGACAUCAUUAUUCUUUUUGAAAUUCCUUGAGUUCAACUGUUUACAGUGAAAAUCAGCUUAAGCUUAUCAAGGUUUAAAAAAAUUUGAUCUUUUUUAGCCAGUUCCAUGGCAGCCAGGAUUUGUUAACCCAUACCGUGGUACUCAUGUUUGGCCAGAACCGGAUCCGGUUAAAAACACUUUCAAACUCUUCAAGGUAAAGAGCCUCUUAUCAUAAUGUUAAAGACUUACUUUUAAAAAGUUGAUUUAAGCUUAAGAAAUGUGACUGGAGGCUGCUCGAGCUCAUUUACAUUUCUUCAGUAUGAGAUAUUUAUUAAAAUUUGACACACAAACUUACAAAUAUUUCACAAACAUCAGCGACCGAGUUUCUAUUCAAGGUUGAUAUGUGAGAUCUAUUUUUUUCAUAGAACCCAAAACGAGCUGGUACUUACGAAGACCGCCCUUGGAGGAUUGUUGUCCAAAAUGUAAGUUUGCAUUCGUACCAUCAAAGAUGACAAAAACAUAUUGUAGUGGUAACCUGCAAACUAUGGAAUACAAUACAAGAAACAAAUACUAAUUUACACAGCUUACGGAAAAGAAAAUAACUUGCUAAUAAAACUUAGACAACUUGGAACUAACAGGCAUUUUUGAACACACCGUGUAUUGGAGAACUAUCUCCUGACUCCAAACAACACUUCAAUUUUUGCCAGUGAUAACUGUCUUAUCGGAAAAACUGGCACACCAUUUCUCUCUCGUUUGUGCAACGUAUUACAAAUGGUCUUUUUCUUUCCAAAAAUGUGCCUUGUUUUUGCAGGAGAGUGAAAAUGGUCGGCGCCAGGUUAUUGCUACGGGCUGCAUUGAUCUAGCGGAUUAUAUCAGCGAGACAAACAAAACAUUUGAGAUAACCGUCACAUUAAAACCAGCAAUGAAGAACGUUCUGUCAGGAACAAUGGAGUUUAACUUGACCUCUGUGAUGCUAGAAGAUGGAAUACCAUAGUGAGUAUUGUGUUGUUGUAUACAGUAUAUAGUACCCUAAAAGGAAAACUCUCCUCUCAGUAUCGGCUCUUUAAAAAUUUUUUCAGACAUGCAUCUUUUUGUCAUUUUUUGAGGGAGUGAAUUAGUAAAGAGAAUCUGUACCAACCGUGAGGGUCACUGUGAGUAUUUCUUUGCUUAGUCCCUUGUCACGUGGUCCGAGCGAAGAAGUCGGACGUUUCCUGCUCGUUCGCUUUGCCGUACAAUCUCGCUUUCAAAACGAGGCUACGUGCAAAACCUUUCUUGUGAAAAUGGGUUUCAUUUGCAUGACAGAAAAUAUCAUGCAAGGCACUUCGCCUCGCUUUGAAGUAGAGGCUUUGGGAAACCCAGAAAUGACCUAUUAGUGAGUGAUGUAAGGUACCGUCAGAGUAGACUACGUUGUAGGAAUUGAAUAAGAUCAGACACGUAUACAAGUUUUGAAAUCUAGCUCGCGAACGAAAUCAUUUUUCACUGCAGUGUCAUCUCUACCAUCCUGAGUCAGUACGGAUAGUUGCACUAAAAUUUUAUAACUAUCACUGAAAUUCGGAAGUCCACUUUCUGUUCUAGUUUUACUAGCCUUUUGUUUCAUGUCAUUUUUGUUGUUGUUUAUUUUGAUAAUUGUUCAUAUAAUCCGGAUAUAAAUAACCCCUCUGGACUAGAUUAUGUUCCAUCCUCGCUCCAUUUCUUAUCCAAUUCAUGUUCUGCUUGUUUUUAUCACAGUCGAAGCGAUGAGGAAAUAUUCGAAGAAAUCAUGGCAGACGCUUUUAAAUCAGCCAAGAACAGAAUUGCCAAAAGUGCUGUGUCCUCCGCGGAGCACACGGAUUCACUUCUGUUUUCCUCUGUCGAUAAACCAUCAGAGAUUCCUUAUACACCAAGGAAAAGAAAAAACAAGAAAAGAAGAACCAAAGAAAGAGCAAACAACACGCCUGACAGUGUUAACAACGGUCACGAAAAAGAAGCAAAGGUGGAAAAGAAAAUUUUUCAACCACAGCCGCCGAGCGCUCAUUCAAACUGCCACAAGACUGCAGAGUCUGUGACUUGUGCUGAAGAUAACAACAACAACGUGAAAGCCAUAACACCUUCAGCAGAUGAAGGAAAAGAGUCUUCUAAUACCGAUACACCUGCAAAUGUUGAAGGACAAAAAGAUAGUCGCAAGACCAAAAGUGCAAAAGAUUCAACCUCUGGUGCAACCUCCAAACCAGCUGAACAAUCUCUGGCAUCCAACGGCGUGUUGCCAACCAAACCAGAAACAACACAAGUGAGUGAACAGGAAACAAGAAAAAAUUUAGCUCCAGAGCAAGGCGAGGAAAAGGCUUCACUCGAAGAAGUUCCUUCAAUACCAAGUUAUCGACGAAAGCUCAGUGGGUUUGUAAAAGGCAAAAAACAGCCCAAGGCCAGCGGGAAGGAGACAUCAAAACUGUUUCCCAAGGAAGAUGGCUCCUCUGCAUGCGGUGGAAAUGUUGACAAGCAUUAUGGCUCUGGAACAUCUGGUCAACUCACAGCGCCCAAAAUAGAUACGCCGGCUGGUGAAAGGAAGGAAAAUACUUCAGCUGAUUCACACGACGAUAAAGAAAUGAUAUCUUCAUUUUUCAAGAAGCUGUUGGAGAAUGGUCCCAAAAAAGGUACAAAAACAAAACAAGGACAAUUUGAAAUUUUUGUAGUAAUUGAGAAAUUAAUUUUUCGAGUGCGCAGCUAGUAUAAGAGCGCGCUCAGUAAUCUUUGACUUUGCUCCGUUCAGAAAUUACAAUGAGAGAUUUUUUGUGUAAUAGGAAUACACAUUGCGGGGCUGUUGUCAGGCAAUUGGCCUGAAGGAAGCACCGUGCUUCCUUCAGGCCAACUGGCAGUCAGCGAUCACCGACCAGGGCACGAGUUCCUUGGAGGGUCUAAAAGCUGGUUUUUCACCAGCGACUGAGUCCGAGUUUGGAAUCGUGAGCGGAGUCGUAAGAGGGCUUAUGACCUUGUGAAAAUCAAACUGAAUCGGAGUGUUAGCGGAGUCAUAAGGGCGACGGAAUCGGAGUCGGAAGAAUCAGAACGUUUCCAUUUUCGUCCGACUCCGCUUACGACUCAGUCGCUCACGGUCUAGUGAAAAUCAGAUUGUUGGAGUCGGAAGCAUAAGCGGAAGGAGAAAUCAAUCACAACGCACGUUAUUACGGGUUUAGUUCUUCUGCUUCUGCUUGCGACCCGACAACCUAGUUUACACUUCAUAGUUAACGACGGAGUCGUAAGAGGAAUUGUUUUCACUAGGUCGUUGAGUUUUAUGCUUUUGAUUACGACUCCGACUCCGUCGCUAAUGAAAAUCAUGUUUAAGGCCAUGUCCUCUCCCUAGCGAAAAUUAAAAAGGGAGAAGCUCUCAAGCAAUGCAAUAUUAUCAGACCGUUUCACCGUAUUUAUUUGCUGUUAUUGCUGGACUAAAAGGUUAUUUUUCUAUAUUCUAUGUUUAUUUUCAGCAGCGUCUGUGAAUUACCCUGAACUGUCAGCUUAUGUGAGCGCAGAGAUGAAGUCCGUCAAUGAAGAAAUUGCUUCUUUGGAAAAAGUAACAGUCAAGCUAGAAUCUGAAAUACGUCAGGCAAUGGAGAUUAAAGGUCAGUUCAGGCUUCAAUUCCUUUAAUCACAAAAGCUUAAGCAUGUUUAAAUGAGUAGUACGGGCUCUGCAAUCUGUAUAUAGACUUUUAGUCUAAGACUCUUACCAGUCUUCUUGAGAUGGUUGCAACAUUGCUAAUGAAUUUCUUGUAUUCAAAGUAAUUUCUUUAGUGGUACUUUCAUAUUCCAGUUGUGUUUAUAGAUAAUGUGUAGAAUCAGUCGAAAUUGAGUAUAUGAUUAUGCGCUGAAUAUCUUGUAUUUAGAGUGCAAAGAGGAGUUGGAUGGUCUAAAACAGGACUGGAUGAUCUUGUUGAGUUACGGAGACGAGCUAAAAGAGAGAAAAGCCGAUCUUCAAAUUCUGUAAGUGAUACUUUAAUUAUCGUCUACUGGCAAAAUGUCUUUGUUGUGCCCCGUUAAAGAAAGCCAGUCUUUUACAAUGCAUAAUGAAGCUUCGUCAACGUGUCCAGGAUGGUACACCAUGGAUCUUGAUAACAGCGUCUGUUCUCUGCACUGGCACACCAAGCGGGUGAUCGGCAAAUUACUUCAAGAAAAACUUAUUGUACAGCCAAAAAACCUCAUUACAGCUAGUCAAACUCUUCUCACGGGCAGUAUUACAAGUAUGGGUUUAUGUGAAAACGCUACUGCACUACCACUACCACUACUGUUUUGAUCUACAUUCCGUAUUUACUCGAAUAAACACCUCUCCCAAAUAAAUCCCGUGGAUGGAAGCAAGUUUACCAAUAACUGCAGCCAACGAGAACAAUGAGUAGUUAAUGCAAGAACCCGUACAUCUUGGUAAUCUACAACAUCCAUGCUCUUAUUUCUCAGCAAAAAAGUGAGACUUGAGAACUUCAAGCACCUUUCUUUUAACAUAUUUUCAAAUCAUUUACGGUAAUUGUUGUCAGUGAUUUAAGAAAUGUAUUGGCAAAAUUAACACCGCAACAGAAGCGCGAAAAAUCUAAUCUGAAACGCCGCGGCGUGUUUAAUCGAGUAAAUAAGGAAACUGGUAUAUCUAUCUUCAUAUCAAAAUUGUCUUUAUCUUCUUGCUUAUCUCUUCAGUGAAAAACAGGAGAAUCUUGAGCAUUGUUGUGAUAUCCUCAGAAAAGAACUCAAACUUCUCUUCACAUUGGAAGGUAUAUUAACAUUGUUUAUUCACAUUGCUAAUGACACAAAAGAACUGGGUGUAUUAUCGACAAUGUUGCGGAAUCGGUGAAAUGAUAUAUGGUACUUGAAUCAAUUUGACGAGUGGGAGAAAUUAUCGAAAGAGAGGCAGCAUGGUCCAGUGGUCAGAGCGCUGGACUGGUAAUUCGGAGGCUCCGUGUUCAAGUCCCGCUCUGACCGUUAGCUGGAUUUGUUAUCUCGAUCUGCAGUACCGAGUUCAAAUCCUCGCCCAUGUUUGUAAACUGAUCCAGCUAGUUUGCCUCCGGCCGGUUGGGAGUCUUUAAAUUAUUUGUUUCAGGCAUUUGCUAGCAUAAGUGCUGUAAUACUGCCGAGGGAAAAUAACGGAAUUAUUAUUAUUAGUGUAGAAUGGAAUGGUGCUAAUUUCCCUUUUCAUUUCACUUGGCGCGUUUAACAGAAAGCUUUUACACAAUAAACUCGGCCUAGAAUUUAACUAUGACUUCAUGCACUAAAAAGUAUCAUCCCGACAAAGAUUGAAAGUGAAAAAGCGUUUGAAUGAAAGUAAGGACGCACAAUUCAGAUACAGCAGUAUUGCAGGGACUCGAGAUCAUUUCCGAAACAAACUGUGAAAGUAUGUCAGUGAGGGAAUGAUACUUACAAUUUUUCUUUUAUCAACCGAGCUGAUAAGGUAAAUUGGCCACCCUUAAAGGCUUUUGGGGUUGCUUAUUUUAGUUGUUGUUAUUUUUGUGGAAUAGUUAAGUGAAAUAAAGCUGCACACUAGAGGGUCCGCCUGCCAAAAAGCUUGAGUGCACCGCCGCCUCUUUUUUGUUUAUCUUGCUUAUAUACAAGGGAUACGAACGUGUACUAAGGACUAAUGAAAAAAGAUUGAAGACAAAUGAUAUUUUGUUGUUACAUUUUCAGAUUGGCGUAGAACAGACUAUCACACAAUGCAAGAGGCCAAGCUUCUUGAUAUUCUCCAUUGCCUUAAAGAUAAACAAAGAGAAACUUGCUGAACAGAAAAAAAAAUUGGUGAGUAAUUACUAGCGUCUUUUUUUUUCUUUUAAGAUCAGUUAACACUCUAAUUGUAACCCCAGUCUGCAGAUCAUUUUCCAGGAUGCUUAUUUGCUUUUUAUUUCACCGAAGCUUAAAAAAAAGUCGUGGAACUGACUCUACUGGGCCAAUGUUUGAUUCCAUCUAUUGUAAACCAUUCUGGCCGAAUAGAAGACAACCGCUGAAAAAACAUUGAUCACGGAUUUAGACUAGUUAAAUGGAAUCAUGAGACAGCACGCCAAAUUAUUUUUCCAUUAUUGUGUAUUUUAUCAUUAACAUGUUUUUUUUUAAACUAAGAUAUGAUCGUCGCAGUGGUAAUUACAAUUUAAGAAAUUACAAUUUGACCCAUGGCCUUUGCAUUAGCGCUGCAUACAUUGUCAGCAGGCCAAUAAUGACUAACAGAUUUGUUUUAUUCUUCUUGAUUUCAGAUCCUCUCCUAUUCUGCUGUAAAUUGUAA